AUGUCGACGCUGAAGCCAGAGGGAAAGGAGGCAAGCUCAGCGCCCCCAAAGAAACUGAGCUUCUUCAAAAACACCGGCUUCAAUGUGGUCUUGGUCGGCCACCCCUUUGACACCGUCAAGGUCCGGCUGCAGACCCAGUCCAACACCAAGCCCAUUUACAGCGGCGCCCUGGACUGCUUCAAGAAGACUCUGCAGUGGGAGGGCGUCAAGGGCCUGUACAAGGGCAUGUCAUCCCCGAUGGCGGGCCAGAUGUUCUUCCGCGCCACCUUCUUCGCCGCCUUUGCCGAGUCCAAGGCAUUACUCUCCAGGCAGCCCGAUGGCAGCAUGAAGGUCCUGACAGACAUGGACCUGUUCAAGGCAGGGGCCCUGACGGGGCUGGUGGCCUCCCUAACCGAGGCGCCCAUCGACUUUUACAAAUCGCAGCUCCAGGUGCAGACCAUCCGGAUGAGGUCCGACCCCAACUACAAGCCCCCCUUCACCAACCUGCUGCAAUGCGUGCGCGCCUCCCUGGCCCACAACGGGGUCAAGGGCCCCUUCCAGGGCUUGGGCAUCACCGUGCUGCGGAAUGUCCCCGCCAACGCCGUCUACCUGGGCUCCUUCGACGCGCUCAAGCGCAAGUUUGCCGAGCGCCAGGGGAUCGAGGUGCGGGACCUGAGCAUGCCGCACACCAUGGCGGCGGGGGGUGUGGCCGGCACGCUCUACUGGCUGGCCAUCUACCCACUGGACGUGAUCAAGAGCGCCAUGAUGACCGACUCCAUGGUGAAGGGCGAGCGGCGGUACCCCACCAUGGCCGCCACCGCCCGCGCGCUCUGGGCCGAGGGCGGGGCGGGCCGCUUCCUGCGAGGCCUGUCGCCGUGCCUCAUGCGCGCCGUGCCCGCAAACGCGGUCAUGCUGGGCACUGUCAGCAGGGUGCAGGUCAUGCUGGGGGCGUGA